GUACUGCCAUUUUGAAUAGUCGCAUUCGAGACACCAACUACUUCGCUCCUAAGUCCUAACUGUCUACUCGUAGACCUCUUCUCUCUCCUGUCAACUCUACUCGGUGGUUACAUGGUGCCUUCUGGUUCCCUGAGUUCCUUCACUUGCAGCGGCAUCUCCUCCAACAUUGCGGCCAUCAGCAGAAUUGCUCAAGAUUCAAUCCAGCGCUGUAAAGAUUGUCAGAAAAACAUGGCCGCUAUACCACCUUCUGCAUUCUCCGCUGCCAAGAUCCGGGAGACUCAGCGCAAUAUGAAAGUCAGCAACGUGAAGAAAGGAAACGAUGAAAAAACCAAAUUCUUCAACACCAACUUGCUGGAGCUGACUCCGCUUAAGUACAACAGCAAGCUGAUGAACAGCAUCUGGGGCCUGUACAAUCGAUACUCGCCGCACAACGUCAAGAACGUCAACGAUGCCUUCACCUUCAACGCAGAAUUGCCGUCUGCUGCCAAUUCUGCUGGCAAGGCUGAUGCCAAGCUCACUUUGCCCGCUGCCAAUGUUUGGAUCAAUGCAUCCCAAUCUCACUAAAUAAAGUUUUCUUUCCAUAUAUUAUAUUAGAAUCUUGUACUGUCAUAUAAUUGUUAGUUAUAACUUUGCUAUAUAUUAGUAAAGAAAAAUAAGUUGCACUUUUUAAAAAGAUUUUUUAAAUAGUAGCCAGUUCAAAGUAAGUUCUAUGGCUAAUUGUACCUAUACUCAAUAAAAUAUGAAGAAUGUA